UAAACCUGCACCCUCACCAAUUUUAUUCGAGAAUGGAGAAGAACAAUCGAUGAGGACGUUGGAACCAAUUUUACCUUCUACUACCGGAAACGAAUCAAAUACAACUCUUGUGAUGACCAGGGAAAGGCUAUUACUCAAUAGUUCAACAUUUGAAGCAGAAACAUCAACUUCAGCUGUUACUUCAACUUCUACAACUACAGCGAAUACUAUGGCGGAUGAUAGUUCUUCAUUUAAGAUCAUGUUGGGGAUACCCGAUAAUGAUGAGGAUAAUAAUAUAAAAUUUAGUGAAGGUUAUGACUGGGAGAAAAACAAGAUUCAAAAUGAUACAACUAAUAAAAAAGAUAGGGGAAAUGAUAUGAAUGAAAAAGAUAAGGCUUUGGAAAAUAAUCUAAUCAGUGAAGAAGGGAUUUUUUAU